UUACAUCUUGUGUGUGUGUGUAGUGUUAUAACCCACUGCUAGCAGAAGGAAUCUUUUGUGCUAACCAAGAGGUGAGCUGGGCAGGGCAGGAGGAUUCCUUUGCUCCAGGAGGUGAGCCAGGUGCAGGGGUAUUGUGGAUGCUGGAGCCUCAGGGGCAAAGUAAAGGGAGACAUCCAGCAGAACCUGAGGGAAAGCCUCAGAGGGCAGGAGUAAGGUGGGAGGCUGAGGAGAAGGGGCUGUGCUUGGCAACUACAGGGCCUGGGAACUGGAGAGAAGCCCCAGGCCAGUGGCUGGUGCUCAGCUGCAGCAUCAGAUUUGGGCAUCUGGGUGCGGACUUCCUCCAGUUCCUGGUUUGGGGGACUGAGCACCAUAAGCACAACCCUGGUCCCUGGAGGCUCCCUGCCCACCCCAGCACUACCCAGGGCUGAGCUGGGCAGAUCUGUGCCGUGCUGCAGAUAGAGGAGAUCUGCAGCAGGUGGCUUUAGGAAAGGCAGCACACCAAACUCCCACUCUCCUCACCACCUCCCACUGCUCCUAAGUAGUGAGAGGGGCCUGGGGAAGGAGGAGCUGCUCUCCUACUUUCUCUUUUCCUCAUUUCCGGAGCCCACAGUGCUUCUGGCACCUUCUGCUGGUGUUAACAGCAGCUGUGACCUGCAGUGGGCUUGUACAGAAACUGCAAGCAGCCAUGCCCGUGUUUCCAAGAGGUAGGGUUUAUUGCAGAGGAGGGCAGCACUUUUCUCUGUGCUGGCAUGACACCCUACUCUAUGUGGGCACGGUCACCCCACAGGGGAAGCAGCCAUCUGCCUCCAGGUGCUUUCCUCAGCCUCUGACGCCAAACAGGAGCAGCGCUUGUCAGCCUUGCAGGUGUUGGUGGGUGUUGGAGAUGAGAUGAUGACUGUUGGUGGGGCAGCUGGUUAGCAGUGGUUGAGGAGGGGACCACCACUGCAGGGAUGUACAGGGAAAAGGGACAUCAGCUGCUGGGUCUUUGUCACCUCUCUGUGCAGUCAUGUCUUAAUUGCUGAUAACAAAAUGAGUCUCUGAGCGGGUGGUUAUACUGAUAGGAGUCAUCAGCUGCUGCCAGGUGGUCCUUUGUCUCCAGACUUUACUGACUCCGGGGUCUGAUCACCGGGACAGGUUGCUGUUCCUGGCGUGUUUCUCCCUGUUGGCAGGCUGUCUGUUUUCUGGCAGGCUAAUGGGACGGGGCUGGUACAUGUUCUCUGACCCAGCAUCUGUCCUGCUGGUGAUUGGACAGGAGCCUUCUGCUGGGAAAUUGCCUGUACCAUGGCCUUAGCAGAGCAGAAUGCUUUGGGGCUUGGCAUAAGUAACACCUUCAGUUUCACUGCUGAGAGCUGUCCUGGGGGCAGCGCGCUGGGGAUAGCGUCCUCAAUAUCAUGCCCCACUCAGGGCAGGAUGUGGCAUGCAGCACGCCUGUUCUGCUGUACACCAAGCUGCAGGGAUAGAGAGGUCACCGUGCCCUUUGGUGCUGCUACUGCCUUGGUCAGGCUGUGCUGAGCUCAGUGCUGGGCCUGGAUCAGACUUCCCCAGCCUUGUGCUGUGCUGAGUCAGUGGCAGUGGCUUAUGUUUCCUACCCUGCCCCGCUCACUGCUGGCCAAGGCCAGGUGCUGGAGGUGCAUGGCUGGGGACACAGAAGGGCAUGGACCUGAUUUUCCUGUUACAUCUGUCCUCAUUUUCCCAUCCUGCAGCCUGGGCAUGGCUCCUCGGGAAGGAAGAAAGGCACUCAUGUAGUGGGAUGAUGAUUUUCCGGGAGACAUCGGGGAAGCAAUUAUCUGGCUUUGUAGCUUGGCUUCUCUGCUGGCCAGAAGCAGGUUCUUCACAGUCCCAUGGCACAGCUGCUGACCUAGCAGAAAAACUAGUGACCCCAUCCUGCCCAAGGAGCGCGUGGAGGCUGAGCGAGCUCCAGCACUUGGAGAAGCCCAGCUUAGUUAUCUGAGCUCUCCCAAGGCUUUGUUUUGAUGUUUUGCUGCUCCAGCUUUCCCUGAAUGCCCUAACAAAUGAAUUUGCCGUCAGAGUGUUUAAAGGGAAAGACAAAUUUUAUAAAAUUGUGUCUGCAUGAAAUAAAUGCUUGAUUUUUAUUUUUUUUUAAUUGGAAAUCUGAUUUUCUGGAUUAGUGCCCACCCAACCAGAGAGGAGAAGCAGAUGCUGGUGUAUAAACAAAGCAAUCAGGGCACUGAUUAUUCAAGGCAAACCUCACACACUGCAAAUGGUUCAUAGAAAUCAUCCAACAAAUCAUUCUGAACAGCCAGCCUGAUAAACGCACUACCCAUUAACAGCCAUUGCAAGAGGAGGAGCAAGGAUUGCUUUUCUGUCACUCUGCACAUUUCCUAACCCUGUAUUAGCAUAUCUGCUGUAAGACCUUGAUGGGCUAGGGCAUGUAUUGUGAUUCCUGCCUGUCUGUUACUGCUUCAUUUUCCCAGCUGCAGCUCUGCCCGCUCUGCAUUUCCUCACGUGGCUGUCACUGUCACUGCUGGGGACCGUGCCUGCCCAGAGGGAUGCCUGGCUGUGACUGAGACUGGCCAUGCACAGCUAACAGGGAGCUCUUGCAGCACCCCUGGAUGUGAAUACAACCACCUGGCUCCGUUGUUCCCAACAGCGUUUCCUCUGCUGCCUCAUAAAGGUCAGGAAAAGCACAAUGGCAGGAUGCUUCCCUGCAGCGGCGUGGCAGCAGAUAGGAACUGCUCUGCUGAUUCUGUGUACUUGGUUGGACUUCUCUGUGCUGUUAACAGAGUAUUGCAAAGUAUUGCAUUAUCUCAUAAAUUGAUGUGAAAAUGUGGCUUAGGUCUUUUGGCAGCAGCUGUCUGUCUGACUUAGCGUGCCCAUGCAACCUCUCACUAUGGGGAUCUCUGCUCUGGAGGGAAGUUGCCCAUGUCCUGCAGGUCUGGGCUCAGGCUGUGCACAGGAGCAGAAAUCUUCUCUUGCCGUUUUUGCUGCACGCACUGUUCCUACACUAUUUACUUAUCUGGUUGUUCCCAGCAGUUUUUGGAAUGGUAGUGCUGCUGCUAUGCAAUUUGCAGAAGUUCUCCUGAGAGCAGCACUGUAAGAGUUGGGAUUAGGUGGAAAAAAUGGUCCAAGAAGGCACUGGUUUGGGAAUCUGAGGCUGAAGGAACUGGUGAAAAGGCAGGAAAAUGAGCUUGAGGUCAUCUUCAGAGGAGAUGUGGUUUGCUUCAAGCACUAUGCUAUAGGACUGAGCAUGAUGGGAUGGCUGCUUUGGAGCAGGAGGUGCUCAAGAGAGUGGGACUGAGCUGCCCUGAUGGCUUUAGGCCUCUCCUGCUCCUUAAUUAUCUUUGUGCAGGAAGACUGACAUUGAUACAGUACUGCUGGAUGGAGAGACAGGGACUGGCAGCACUGGGUAGGUGAAGGCUUGCAUUUGGGUAGCCUGUGGGCAGGAAGGCUUGGAGUGGUAGCAAAUACAGCCUGCUGUUAGUGGAAGAGGGCAGCAAGAAGGACUUAAUAGGGGAAGCCAACCCACACCGCUCCUCUCUCCAGUUCUCCCACCCUGUCAUCUUGCAGCAGUGUGUUCCCCCUACGGACGUGAGCACAGAGCCUAGAAACAAACUGCAGGACCCUACUGCUGGGUGCUGGAGUGGUGGUGGCGGCAGAAGGGACUCAGACGUUGCUAAGAGUCUCCUUGAUUAUUUGCUGAAGGUCCAACAGCUCCCUGGGCCAGAGACACUCUCUCUGUGUUAACAAAAAGGCAAUGAAUUAUUUAGCAGCUGAAAAUGCCAGAUGGUGAUGGCUCUGCUGUUUACAUGGGGAGGGGAGGGAGAAAGACGUGCACAUGGAAAGAACAGAUUGAGAACAUCUCUGUAGGAAAGAGCUGACCCCGGCCACGAGCCCUGGUGGUCUCACAGUGAGCAGGAGGCAGCCAGGCUGGAGUAAAUGGCUGCUGCUUGUUUGUCCCCUCAUAUCCCCAGCUGGGGCUGAGGUGUCUCCAGAUGCCACAGACUGGCCAGGUCAGUGCAUAUAUGGCUGUGCACCAUCGAGGAGAGCUAAAGCUGAGUGGUCUAAGAGGGAGAGACUUGAGGCUACAGCAGUGCACGUAGAUGAGCAUGCUGCUGUAGUCUCCCAUCUGUCACGCUGACACAUCUGAAGUAAAUGUUUCCCAACAAAAGCAAAUCCUUGUAGAGCUCAGGAAGAUCCCCUUUCUAAGCUGAGGUCUUUUGUGUGCACUCUUUCUGUGAUCCCCAAAGACCUCUCAAUCAGAUUUCCUUUGGUGUUGAAACAGACUUUAUCCUGUUUGGUUUUGAUGGGGAAAAAAGUGCCGUAAACACUUUGUAUACCCAGGUCCCUUGAGGUGCUGGCUGUCUUUGCAUCCUCCCUCACUGUUUAAUCAGUUUGUGGCUCCUGCUCUUCUUCCUCUGUCCCAUCCAUGUGGGCGAGGAGCAUCCUGCAGCAAUGAUCAGCCAGGGCUGAGUGGCUGCAGGGACUGCAACAGGGUCUCUGUCUGCAACGUAGGCAAAAAUACAAAGCUCACAGAGUCCACAUUAGUGGGUGCAGUGAGAUUUCACAUGGCAUCACAGGCUGUGGUCGCAAUAUCUCUGCUCAGCGUGUCUGCAGGAGAAGGAACUCAUUCAACUCCUUAGAAAUUCCAGGCAGGCCAGAAGGUCACCUUGUCAGGAGCACAAGUCCCCAAGAGUAGAGAUGUGAAAUAGCCGAGGUUGGAAGGGACCCAUUGGACAUCUUCUGAUAAAAGCCCCUGCUCAGGGCAGGCUCAACUUCAAAAUUACUUUUGGUUGCUCAAGGCCUCCAAAUGUAAUGUUUUGUCUGGCUGUUCCCCCUCGUGUCUGUAACCUGUCUGUCCCUAAACAUGGUUUCUGACCCCCUCCUCCUGUGCUUCAGCAGCCAUUUGGCUCCAUCCUGGCGCACAGGUCUGUGGUAUCCCUGUUAAUAAUGAUCAUGCUAUUUUACACUGGCUUCUGUAGGGUGUUUGUUCACAGGGUUCCCAAGCACUGUGGGUUUGGAGAGGAUCGUCUCCUCCAAAGCACAGUAGUAGGAAAGGUUUGGAAGUAAGGCACAGUCUUGACCGUUAAUGGCCUUUAAGCAUUUCCUCCUGGCAGUGACUGUAGCCUGCACCGUCAGCUCCCUGAGGAAGUGGAGGAAGUCUUGGAAGGAGCAAUCUUGCUCUGGUGGGAAGAUGGAAGGGUGUUCCCAUGACACUCAAAUCACACAGACCACGAUGCUAGAGAAGGGAGGCCUGGACAAUGUCCACAAGUAGUAGCUUUGGCUGAUAGAGAUUAAUGAAGGGCAGCCCCAGCAGCCCCCUUACUAACGUUGUCAUUUCUCUUUCUUAGAAACUCAAGCAAAUGCUUUGAGUCCUCGUUCUUGCCUGCUGAAUGCAACAGGGUGGCCAUGGCAGAACUCAGCUUCCAAGACUGAGUGGAGAGGUGGUGAGAGACCUGUCUCAGGAGGACUGGGGAAAAGGCUCUCCCCGAAGGUGUUCAAGAACUGUGGAGAUGUGGCAUUGAGUUACAUGGCUUAGUGGUCAUGGUAGUAAUGGUUGGACUAGAUGAUCCUAGAGGUCUUUUCCAACCUUAAUGAUUCUAUGAUUCUGUGAAACUGCAAGGGUGAAGCCCCGUGACAGCACCAAUGGAGAGCGUGUACUCAGUGGAACCAGCGCUGGACGGGGCUGGCCCCACCUCGCUGGACAUACUCAGCUUCUUGGACACCCUGGUGAACAGCACGGAGGAGCAAUGCUUCAGUGCCCGCUCACGCAGCACCGUCCUGCAAGGGCUGCCAUUUGGUGGUGUGCCCACUGUGCUCGCCAUCAACUUCAUCCUCUGGCUGCUCCUUCUCCUGAUCUUCUCCUGCCUUCGGAAAGCAGCUUGGGACUAUGGACGCCUGGCAUUGCUGAUGGACAACGAUAGCUUGACAUCGCUUUUCUAUGGGGAGCAGAGUGAGAAGGAGAAGUCCCCAUCAGAGAGCAGCCCCCUGGAUGCUGACAAUAAGGACGUGGGAUUCUGCUCUUGGCUCCUUUCUAUCUACCAGAUGAAGGAUGAGGAAAUUCAGAGCAAGUGUGGGAUCGAUGCCACCACCUACCUCUCCUUCCAGCGGCACCUCCUGGUCCUGCUGAUGCUGGUCUGUGUGCUCUCUGUGGCCGUCAUCCUGCCUGUCAACUUCUCGGGGGACCUCCUAGGACACAACCCCACUCACUUUGGCCGGACCACCAUCGCCAACAUCCCAACACAAGAUCGUCUCCUGUGGCUGCACAGCAUUUUUGCCCUCAUCUAUUUCAUCCUCACCAUCCUCUGCAUGGCUCACCACUCCAUCCACCUGGAAUACAGAGAGAAUGAGAAGGUUGCCCGGACACUGAUGGUUACUCACAUUCCCAUGGAGAUCACAGACCCUUCACUUAUCAUUAAGCACUUCCAUGAGGCCUAUCCCAGCUGCACUGUCACCAACAUACAGUUCUGCUUCGAUGUGCGCAAGCUGAUGAAGCUGGAUGCAGAGAGGCGUAAGGCAAUGAAAGGCCGGCUUUACUUCACCACCAAGGCACAGAAAGAGGGAAAGAUCAUGAUCAAAACCCACCCUUGUGCCCGGAUCUUCUGCUGCCGCUUCUGUGGCUUUGAGCAGGUGGAUGCUGAGCAGUACUAUGGGGAACUGGAGGAGAAGCUCACAGAUGAGUUCAACGCUGAACGCAACCGCAUCACGCUGAAGCGGCUCGACAUGGCCUUCGUCACCUUCCAGGAUGAGCGUAUGACAGCUGUGAUUUUGAAGGAUUACAGCCACACUCACUGCCGGAAGCACCCCCAGCAGUCCUCUGUGACCACCGUGGUCAAGUCGCACCAGUGGGGUGUGCGCUAUGCUCCAGCACCCAGUGAUAUCAUCUGGGAGAACUUGUCAGUCCGUGGCACAUCCUGGUGGGUGCGAUUCAUUUUCCUUAAUAUCUGCCUCUUCAUCCUCCUCUUCUUCCUCACCACACCGGCCAUCAUCGUCAACACCAUGGACAUGUUCAAUGUCACACGACCUGUGGAGAGCCUCAAGAACCCAAUUGUUACCCAGUUCUUCCCCACGCUGCUACUCUGGGCCUUCUCUGUCUUCUUGCCCUUCCUCGUCUACUACUCGGCCUUCUUUGAGUCACACUGGACAAGGUCAAGUGAGAAUCAGCUCACCAUGCACAAGUGUUUCUUCUUCCUGGUGUUCAUGGUCAUCAUCCUGCCCUCACUGGGGCUGACCAGCUUGGACCUCUUCUUCCGCUGGCUCUUUGACACCCACUUUCUGGACCAGGCCGACAUCAAGUUCCAGUGCGUUUUCCUCCCAGACAAUGGCGCUUUCUUCGUCAACUACGUUGUCACCUCCAGCCUGAUUGGGACAGCCAUGGAGCUGCUGCGCAUCCCUGGCCUCCUCGUCUAUACUGCCCGGCUCUGCCUCGCCAAGUCAGAGCCUGAGCGGCUCCACAUCAAGCGGAGCCAAGCUUACCAGUUCCAGUUUGGGUUGGAGUACGCGUGGACCUCCUGCAUCUUCUCCGUCGUCAUGACCUACAGCAUCACCUGCCCCAUCAUUGUCCCCUUUGGUUUGCUCUACAUGCUGCUUAAGCACAUGGUGGACCGAUACAACAUCUACUACGUGUACAUCCCCACCAAGCUGAACCAGCGGCUGCAUGUCGCUGCCAUCAGCCAGGUCGUGGUGGCCCCCAUCCUCUGCAUGUUCUGGCUGCUCUUCUUCUCCGUCCUGCGCCUCGGUCCCACCCGCCCUGUCACCCUCUUCACCUUUGUGAUUCUCCUCUCCUGCAUUGUCUUCUCCUUCUUUGGCCUCUGCCUGAAGAAGCUACAGCCGCGGAAACCAUCCAGCUACCAGAUGUCCGAUCAGUCCGAGGGUAGCUUUGCUGACGCUGAGCGGAGCAGCGUAUCCUCCACUCCCAACUCCAAUCUCUUCGUGGCCACAGUGCUGCAGGAGCCCGAGCUGAGCCUGACACCGGCAGCUUCCCCGGCACACCAGUCUUAUGGCACUAUGGGCAACCACCUGGAGCUGGCAGAGGAGGGGGAGGACUGUGGUCUGCAAAACUUCGAGACAGAGCUGGAGACAGUGGAAGGCGAGUACAGGACCGGCCCCGUGAUGGAGAGCCAGCCCCGCUACCAGUGAGCAUCCUUGCUCCCAGGGUGAGAGCCAGCACCAGUGGGUGCCCACCUCACUGAUGGACCCACACAUGGGUGAUUUUGGGGCGGGGGAACAUCAGGACUGAUCUGAGGGAGGGACCUUAGCCCAUGCAAGGCAGCGUGGCCCUGCCACUGCAGACAGGCUUGGCCACCCUGCACCCCUGCAGCCCCAUCUGUCUCAUCCAGUCUGGGAUGGGGAAGAGAGGUUGCAGGGGGUUGGGGUGAGGUCACCCUGAAAGACUGUAGUGCAAGAGGAGGAGGAAGGCCCUGCCUAUGGCCACGUGUCCCCUCAGCCAUGCCAAAACUUUGCUUGCCCACCCGCUGCUGCAGCCAUCCUGCUGCCUCCCAUGGCCCUGGGUGCUGUCCUCAGCCUGUGCAGUGCUGAGAGCACUGUCGUGGUGGGGCUCGCCCUCCUUGUGCCCUCCCUCUGCUGCUGCAGUGUGAUUGUGCCCUCGGGUCUUCAGGGACAAGUGGAUUUUGUGGCCAUGACAGCAGCUGCCUUUCAGUGGUUGUUCCCAUCCUCUCACUCCUGCUGUCCAUGCUCCGCUCAGGGCUGCCUGUGGGGACCCACACAGCUCCAUCCCAUUGCAAUAGCAACAGGGGGCUGGCAGCACUCCCUGGCUUGUCCAGGAGCCUCUGGAGCACAAAUCCUGCUGCACUGGACGUGUACACACCUGCUCCUGCCCAGUCAACAUCUCUGGGCUUUUUGAGCCCCAGAUGCAGAAGCAGGUACUGCCCCCCCAGCCUUGCUCCCCCAGGAUGAACACACACAGCUCUGCAGUGCCUGGGUGGUUUCCUGCUGGGGUAAAGCCACAGCAGGCAGCUGAUAGCAGAAUGGUGAUGGUGCCCAUGGGGGCACCAUCUGCUGCCUCCUGGAAAUGCAGAGGUGGGGCCCUUGAAAUCCUGCCUCUUCCCAUGAGUCAGUCAUCCUCCCUUAUUGCCAGUUGCCCAGGAAUGGGGCAGUGCUCAGGCAGUUUCUCCUGGCUCUGGUUCAGUGCUGUAGGGGUUGGGGCUGAACUGGUGCCUGCCCAUGGACCUUACGUGGGAUGCGAGAGCGCUGAUCUGGGUCUUUCCCCUGCUCGGGGGACUCACAUUUGCAUUGCACUUGUGGGAGGGUGCCCUGCCCCAAUCCUUGCUAUCCCCAGGGGUGGUGGAGGGGUCGGACCCCAGGGAACAGCACUUCCCCUCCUCAGCAUUACUGAAGCUGUUGGGAGUGGGGGGAGUUGAGCUGGAAGUCUCAACUCUCAAGGCUGGCAGCCCUACUGCCCCCUGGCUUCUACAGGCCCAGGUGGUGGCUGUGGCACCCAGAAGGGAGCCGGGGGGGGUUGCUGCUCCCAGCUCCCUGAACUGUUGUCCUGCAGCCACUCAUCUUGGGGCUGGCAAGAUGCUGGUGGCCCCAUCCAGCGACUUGAUUCUCUCUUUCUGGGGGGAUGCAAGUGUCUGCAAGUGGCACUGAGUCCUGGAGAGCUCAGACUUGGAUUGCCCUUGGCUGCCACACUGUAGGAAUGUGCCAGAGGUCUGUACCUUCUUGUUAUUUAUCGCUAUGACCGUGCCUUGAAUAAAAUGACUUCACCCA